CUAGACAGACAGGAUUGACAUGAUUCUGCGUGCUGUCUGUCAAUCCUCCUCUGCAGCACGACGGUGCAUGAAAAGUUACUAAACAUACGAGUGCUCGAGCACGAUAAUCAUGUUCUCGUCGCCAGGCAUUGUUUAUGGUGUGAUUGCUGACAGAGAGGGGCUGUAUCGAUUAUUGCGGCAGCUGGUGUGAUGAUGAAUGCUGACGAUUGCAAUGGCCGUUCGUACAUGUCAGGUAGUGGAGAUUCUUCAACAGAGCGGGAGUUUUUUGCAGGGCUGAGAGGACCCACCGUGAGCACACCAAACAGUCAACAGUCCUCACCCAGCCGUUCACUCAGUGCUAACUCCAUCAAGGUGGAGCUGUAUAGUGACGAGGAGGCAGCUGGUGCUCCGCUGGCGGAAAGGAGAGUCGGGGAGAAGGAUGAAGGAUGGAAAGAUGAAAAGGGCGAGUUGGCAGAAGAUGGUGGCGUGGAGAUGGUCGGAGGUACACGAGGGCAGGCUGGGAGCGGUUGCGGGGAGAUGGCCAACUCUGAGUCCGCAUCCCCUGGUCCCAUUCGGCUGCCCAAUGGGAAACUUAAAUGUGAUAUAUGUGGGAUGAUCUGCAUUGGUCCCAAUGUUCUAAUGGUGCACAAGCGCAGCCAUACAGUCUUGGUCUCGGUAGGUGAGCGGCCAUUCCAAUGUAACCAGUGUGGGGCCUCCUUCACUCAGAAGGGCAACUUGCUGCGUCACAUCAAGCUCCAUUCUGGCGAGAAGCCCUUCAAAUGCCCCUUUUGUAACUACGCCUGUCGCCGCCGUGACGCCCUGACAGGACACCUCCGCACCCACUCCGUGUCCUCCCCUACAGUAGGAAAGCCCUACAAGUGUAGUUACUGUGGCCGUAGCUACAAGCAGCAGAGCACCCUGGAGGAGCAUCGUGAGCGCUGUCACAGCUACCUACAGAGUCUGGACCACCAGCCGGCUCACAACACCCAGCCUGCACACGGUGACGAGUCCCAUAACGCGGAGAUGAUGUCUGAACCCCUGAUCCAGUCCUCCUCCGAGAAGAUGACCUUCAUUGAUCGGUUGGCCAAUAGCAUCACCAAGAGGAAGAGAUCUACACCCCAGAAGUUUCUGGGUGAAAAGCACAUGCGACUGAAUAUAUCCGAAGCACCUUAUGAACUCGACCCCAAUCCUGAUAAAGAAGGGGACAUGUUGCUUUCGCACUCCGAGGGUGACCCCGCUGCUUUAGCAGGCAUAGGAGGGCGUUUCUUGCGGGGGCCGAGAGGAGGCAGCAACGAUGUGGAUCCUUCCCACUCCCUGCGGAUGCCUCCCCACUCCGCCUGCCUCUCAGAGUUCACCCCAGUCAUCAGCUCCGUCUACCCUCACAUAACCCCUCUAGGGCAGCGUCUAAACUGUGCAGGGGGCAUCUCCAUGAGCCUGGCCGGGAGGGAGGCCGGCGAGGGUCAUGAAGAUGCGCCCUCCACCCGCAGCCAUGCCGCCUCGCCAAGCAACGGUUACCAAGAUUCGACAGACACUGAGAGCAUGGCAGAGGAACAGUGCGUCAUCACCUCGGUGCCACCGGGAAACUUGAACCACCGCGGGCGCGAGCGGCACAGUCCUAGUCACGCCAAAGAAACGGACAUGGAAGGGGACAGGGAGAAAGGGGUCCCUGGGGGUUUACCUACCAAGGCAAGCCCGCGCUCGCCACCAGCGAGGGAAUCCAUGCAGGUGGUGGACGGGGAAGGGCGGCCGGUGCGCUCCUUCCGCUGCGAGCACUGUCGCAUUUUCUUCCUGGACCAUGUCAUGUUCACCAUCCACAUGGGCUGCCACGGCUUCCGCCAGCCCUUCGAGUGCAACAUCUGCGGCCACCGCAGCCAGGACCGCUACGAGUUCUCCUCGCACAUUGUCCGUGGGGAGCACCAGGUUGGCUGAGGUGGGCUUGUAGAUGGCGGAAGUCGAGACUGGGGGGAGAUGUACAGAGAGUUGUAUGCUGCUUUGAGAUGGCUUCAUGGCAUCUAGUUCGGUCUGCACCAGAUUGGGGCACAUUAGCACUUGCUUUUAUAGUUAGCGGACAUCAUAUUUUACCGCCGAAGGCUAAUCGCUUAGGUACGACCAUAAGACGUGCAAUUGCAUCCCGUGUUGGAGGAUGACAAGAGGAUUCAGACGGGGGAUAGGUCAUAUCCUCCGAUUGCACUCCCACACCAAGUCAUUCAUCGCAAGACGCAGCUGUUUUGCUUUAGAAGUGCCUUCCUUCCGUGGGGUUUAUUUUUUAUCAGUUGAGCAGAGAAAUCGAGGUGUGAGAUUAGGUCUAUACUCAUCUGUUCGGUGGCGUUUACAUAGAGUCUGCCUCUUGAAGAGAGAAAGACAAUGAACUGCUUAGACGUCCAAAGUCUGGACUGUUUCCAGCGCGGCUUUCCAAAGUUUCUGAGCCUGUUAAACAAGGGAAAUCUAUGCCUAGGAGUAUUCACACAAACUUUGUGCUCUUUUAGGAUACCUCGGUGGGACUGUUGAAAUUAGGCGACUCAGGGAGGACACUGCUGACAGAGAGGGAAUGGAGAGCAAGCAGCGUGAAUUGCAAAAUUGAGGCUGGAGUAUUGGUAUGUUAGCCAUAUAAGGAGCACAGACACAUAUUGCCUUAAUCGUUGCUUUAUAUGAACCCUGUACAAGCUAGUUGUCGAAUUGCACAUGGUUUUUAAUGCUGGACGAUUCAGUAGGUACAGUGCAGCAUGAAUUCGGGUAACUUCAGAACUGAGAUGAUACGGCACUCUUGGGUCAAAUAGGAUUGGGUUUAGGCUAAGGCUCGGGUAAUUUUAUUUCUUUCUAAAAUGUAUGUUGAUGUUUUAUUUGAGAAAGGAAAUGAACUUGAAACAUUUGCCUUAGUUUUUGAGUCUACAACCUCUGUCCUGAAUCUAAAAAAAAAAAACAGUUGGUUUCCUCGUGCCUCAGAUCUUGAUUGUCGUUUCAAACUUUAUCUCGACCUCACUUAAGUGACGAUAAAGAUUUUGCCUAUCAAAUCUAUUGAGGUUUUUUUUUUAAACAUUUUUGUAGUACAAAGUCCCCGCCAUCCAUCCUCUGCCAUGCUGCGAACACAGUGGGCCACAUUACGUUUUUUUUUAGAUGCGGUAAAACAUGCGGAGGGGGGGAAGGAGCCUUAAUGUUCUGGUGCAGACCAAACGCAGACCCAUGUUGCAUUCCGUGACUUUGACGACGAGUGAAGGGGAAGGGUUGUUACCUCAAAAGGAGGAUUGCACUUUUUCUAAUUCUGCUUAAAUGUGAGUGUUUUGCUGGGGCUGUUGGGAGGGUUUUAGGACAGGCGCGGUGGCACGGGGUGGGGUGGGGGUGUUGAAUUUUAUUCAAAGGCUUUAGGGGAGCAGGCACAGUAAUGACUGGUAACUGAGCUUUGAAACAUAUUCUUUUGUUUUCUGAAAUUGCUCUAUUGCACUGAUUUCUGAUAAAAAUGCUAUUUAGAGAAAACAAGAAACAAUUUGAUACGAGAACACGUUGGUUAUAAAGACCAGAUGAACAGUGUGGUGUUUUUAAAAACAAUUCUAUAAAGGCUAUUUUCCUAAUAACAAAAGGGGUCGCGGUCAUUUAAGGAUUCAGAACUGAACAUUUUCUCCUUGUGUUGUAAAAUUUGGUGCUUGGAUGUUUGUGUGACUUCUGCCCUUGAUAUUGGACUUGUAUCCUGUACGCUUGUCCUGUGUGGUCAUGUCCUAUAUGAGUUCAUGCAUACGGUACUCUCGAUCCCCACUGAGUACGAACUGCUGCUCGAUUUUGAAGGAAAGGACUGAAAUAUUGUCGUAGAGUUACGUACCGUCCUGCCAAGAUAUAUCGUGGCUUGUUUUAUCAGUGGAUCUCACUUGCACAAACUGAGACGAAACGAAAGCAACAAUGAGUGAAUUUUGAAGAUUCUCGAAGAUUUGUUUUGUUUGAUUGCUUGUACAUUUCUCACCUCUAUGUGACGUGGGCUGUGGUUAAGGGUACUUGGAUGUUGUGGCAUGUGUGUAUCACUUGACCUUGGAGGUGGUCAGCUGUUUCCAAAACUUGCUUACGUGUAAUCCACUGACCCUACAUCUUUCGGUUAUUUUUACAUUUGUAGGCCUCUUAACGCGUAUGCUUGAAUUCACUCCAGUGCAAGCCUACGGAGUACAGUAUGAAUGGAUCAAAGAAGUAAGACCAAAUCCAGUAUUUACAAAGGUUAGUUAAAGACUUUGCACCCUUCUUAGACUUUCGUUUUCUUUUUUUCUGCAGAAAUCAAUUUAUUUACUUGAAAUUAUGGCAAAAACCAUAUAUGACACUUAAUGCACUUAAUGGUCAAAAAGAAAUUAUGUAAUGAAUUUUACCGAGUGUGUGAAUGGGAGAGGUUGCAUGUGUACUCGUUUGUUUGCUGGGGUUCUGCAACUGUUCUGCUUGUGAAAUACUAGCUGCAAUUUUCCCUAUUUCCUCUAAACCAAACCCAGCUCUUUUCUGCACCAUUUCAUAUUUCUUAUCCCCAAGGUGUGAUGAGCUCAAUAUUUUUAAACGAACUGUGAAGCAACCAUAAUGAGCAGCAACUGAGAAAGAGAGCAUUUUUGGGGAGGCAGGGAUCAAACUCUCUGUCAUUCUUGGGCUUUAUCCCUGGGUUCAAUGUUUUUAAAUAUUUUGUGAGAAAAAAAAAAUGUAUAUGACAAAGAAAAACUCUUUACCUCAAAUUUGUUAAAAUAUAAAAAACUGCCUCAUGUUCUAUAAAAGGUGUGUUGGUUUCAAGAGGUAUUGUUUAUUUGAUCUUGUUUUUAAGGAGUGUAACCCAACUUUAAGUUGAAGUAAUUUUUCAUGUCCAAUAAAGUAAUAUUUGUUGUAACUUCUGUCCGCUUACAACUCUAAAC